GGACCCAGUGGCAGCGCGGCCCGGCAGGCGGGUGCUUGGUUCCUCCCGGAGAGAGAAGCAGACAAAGGCAGAGCGCACAGACGGCGUGCCGCUAUCCUUCCUGCUGCAUCGACGCGCACACGCUCUCAUCCGCUCCCCCCUUCCCCCGCACCGCACCGCGCCGCGCCUUCAUCCCGCACGCAGCCGCGCAGACUCUCUGGCGCUGCUCUUCACUGCCUCACAUCUGUCUAAACCAUCACAGCUGUCAGCCAUCAUGGAGUUAGACUUUGGCCAUUUUGAUGAGAGGGACAAGGCCUCUCGUACACCUCGAGGUGGCCGGAUGAAUGGUCUUCCCAGUCCAACCCACAGCGCCCACUGCAGCUUUUACCGCACACGCACCCUGCAGGCUCUCACCAAUGAGAAGAAGGCCAAAAAGGUGCGCUUCUACCGCAACGGUGACCGCUACUUUAAGGGCAUCGUGUACGCCGUGGCCAGUGACCGGUUUCGCUCCUUUGACUCUCUCCUUGCCGACCUCACGCGCUCCCUCUCUGACCACAUCAAUUUACCACAAGGCGUCCGGUUCAUCUUUACUAUCGAUGGAUCCCGCAAGAUCUCUACCCUGGAUGAGCUGGAAGAAGGGGAGAGCUAUGUUUGUGCUUCAGAGAACUUCUAUAAGAAAGUCGAUUACACAAAGAAUGUCAACCCCAACUGGUCUGUGAAUGUGAAGGCCUCAGCAAGCCAGAAGAACAUGCAGUCUUUAGCAGCCAAGGCUGCCAGCGAGCCCAGAGAAAACAAGGAGUUUGUUCGGCCCAAGCUGGUCACAGUGAUGCGCAGCGGCGUCAAGCCACGCAAAGCUGUCCGUGUCCUGCUCAACAAGAAGACGGCGCACUCCUUUGAGCAGGUGCUCACUGACAUCACAGAGGCCAUCAAGCUUGAAAGUGGUGCAGUCAAGAGGAUCUACACACUGGAUGGUAAACAGGUUACCUGCCUUCAGGAUUUCUUUGGGGACGAUGAUGUCUUCAUCGCGUGUGGACCAGAAAAGUUCCGCUAUGCACAGGACGACUUCUCUCUGGAUGAGAAUGAAUGCCGGGUGAUGAAAGGACCCAAAACCCCACGUGGUUCAGUGAAGAGUCCGGGUCUCAUCAAACGCAGCAAGUCACCCACUGAAUCCACCAAUGGGACCGGCUCCAGCAGCCAGAUCUCCACCCCAAUUUCCAAGAACUCCCCCACAUCCACCCCAACUAGUCCAGGUCUGAACAACAAGCAGAAGGAUCUCUACCUGCCCUUAUCUCUGGAGGAUGAUGAUUCCCUUGGUGAAUCCAUGUAGACUCUCAUCCUACGUUUGGCCUGAAACACUGAAUUUUUUUUUCCCCCCUCUGCUGCUUUCAACCUUCCCUCACAGUGCCACUAUUGAGGACAACCAGUUUUUGUUUUUUAAGGCCUUAAACACCAUUCACUGCUCUGCAAAAAUCUCUUUUGAUCACAUUAAAAUCCUCUUUCGAUUUCCAGAAAGGUUUUUUGCAGAAUAAACAACUUCUUUCUUACUAAUGUCACAGUUUAGUCACAGAUUUCACUGUAAGUGCCCUUUUUCUUUAAAAACUUUUUAAUCAUUAAGCACACCAAAUUUAGAAUUUCACUCCAAAUUUCAGGCAGCAAAGUUUUUUGUACAACAUUUUUGUGAUCAUCCUCAUAUCCUUGUCGCUCUGCCCUAAGGAUGACCUUCCCAAAGGACGUUUUUUUGUUUUUUACCCAAAAUCUUUCUUACUUGCUGUAAAUACGAUGUAUAGCCAUCAUACCAUGUUUGCUCCGUGUUCAUUGCUGUGCUUCCUUAAUGUCAGAACAUUUGCUCAACUCAUCAGAGGGUUUGAUUAAAUAGAGGUAAAAGCUAAAGGAAGCUUAAUGGUAGGAGUAGAAUGCAAAACAGAGCCACACUUUUCAGACCAAAAUCAGCAAUGCCUGUGAGUCCAUGUGGUGUGAAAAAUUGCAUUCAAUCGGAAAGAAAUCUUUUCUGGCAUUUCCUCUAUUUUGACGCUCUAUGUAGACCGUAGACUACAUGUGCUACCAAACCUUCAUUAACUAUUGUGCAUGGAUAGUUGAUGAAUGAAACUUGUCAUGUUAAAAACUGUUUUGAAGGACCUAGAAGUGCGUUAAAAAAAACAACCAAAGGUGAAAAAGUAGGCCCUUUAAAAAUACACCUUUUAUUACAGUUUUUAUACUAAAUAAAUCCCAUUCUGUCUUUUUAUCCCCCUUACCCUAAUUUUCUCCUUCAUGGCCAUUUAUGUGCAACUUGCAGUAAGAUUUUUAUACACGAGAGUUAAGUCUCAAAGCCAAAGUAUGUGUCUUGACUACGGAAAAGAGGAGGAAAAGUUUGAUGCUGGAGAUUUUUCAGGAGGCGCACAAGAAGAAUGAAGCAUGCCAUAUUUUUUAAAGUCAAGAUGACGUUAUUGCAUCACUUUUAGACGCUUUCAUGACAACAGUGAGGUCUCCUCUUUUGUACUACUUGGCAAUGAUCUGCCGGGGAUGAAGAUGGCUUCUGUCUUAACCAGUGAAGGGUUUAAAUUAUAUAAAAUUUGUAUCAUUGUUAGUUCACAUAGUUUGUAUUUUUUUUCUCUUAACUUCACAUACGAGUUCUAGCACCCUCCCACCACCACCAGGUGUGUGUGCCACUUUAGUACAAACUGAAAUCUUUUUCAGUCACAGCGACUUGCAAUGUCCCAAAUCUACUGAGUUUGGAGUGGUUCUUUAGUUUAAUUUUCUUUUUUGUCACUAAGAAAGUCUUUGAAAAUGGCUGACACUGAAGCACAAAGCAGGGAGUAACUUUCCAUCACUGCAGCAGACGCGUUACCGUCUACUCACCAGCAUUUCAAAGCGUGGCCACAGUUAUAGUUCACUGAAAUUUGCUGCUCCUUCAAAUUAAAAGCUAUGCAUUUGGGUUUAAGAAUGGAUCGUUUUUUCUUUUUGGUUAGGAAUGCCCAUUUUUAUUCCAGUGGUAUGAUUUUUCAGAAAGUGGGAACAAUGAAAUGUCCAUGUCUAAUGUGAUCAAAAGUGUAUGUAUCUGGUAUGAUCAGGUGUGCGCCUUUUUACCCACUUUUUUUUUGGUCAAUGGCAAAGGGUAAUACAAACUUUUCUGGUGCUGUGAACUCUGGUGCUGUUUUUAUCCUGCAGGGAGCGCUAUUAUACCAGCCAAACCGCUUCUGUCCGCAGCAGGGUCGCCUCACUUCACCCAACACUAUGUACAGGAAUGUUACAACCAGUCUAUUUCCUUCAAACCGUCAGUUGUGUAAAAGCUCACAUACUAAUCGUGCUCUUGUUUCCUUAACUCUUCUGCAGCUUAUUAUUCAGCUCCACAGCAUAGAAAACAAAAUUGUUGGUCUUGUGAAAAGCGGCUGCCACCUCGUAGGAUGGAUUGUGUGAUUCAUCGCCUUCAGUGGUGCCUUUUCUUAAAGACUGCUGUCUUUUGAUGAACUUGCAUUGGAGAUCAAAGGCUUGCUCUUUAAAAAUACCUGUUUGUAAUUCUUUUUAUUUAUUUUUUUUUAAAUGUCUAGAAUGAGGAGGCCUCAUACUAGUUUCAUUUUGUAGAGACACGGGAAACUUUGUCGUGGUGUAAAUAUGCUCCCCUCUAGUUCUUUACCUUUUUAACGGAAUGAAUGACUUCAAUCUUUGCUUUUAUUAAAGUUGCAUCUUUUCUAGUGGUAUUUUGCAACGUCCCAGUGGCUUGUUUCAGUGCUUCAUUCAAUGUAUUAACUGAAAUUGUUUUUUUUUUUCAAAUAAAACUGCUGUAAUUCA